AUGAGUUGUUGUGAUAAACAAAAAAAUGUCGGCGAAUUGGACAGUCAGAGGACAGCCCUAUUGGUGGUCGAUCUGCAGGUCAAGUUCGGGCCAAUGAUGCAGUACUGGCCACAAGUGAUUAAAGCCGCCCGACAGCUGAUACGUGCGGCAAACAUAUUGAAUUUACCUAUAUAUGUUAGCGAACAAAAAGGUUGGGGUUCAUCGGCACCGGAGUUAUCACUUAAUAGUUACACAAAUAUUAAUUAUGUACCGAAAACACAGUUUUCAAUGCUAUUACCGGAUGUAUUGGAAUCACUGAAAACUAGACACCCGUCGGUCGACACACUCAUAGUAUGCGGUGUUAUGACACACUGUUGUGUACAGUCGACUGUCCUGACGGGCCUAAAACAUGGCUAUACUGUCCAUUUGGUCGGCAAUGCAGUCAGUUCGCCGACAAUGACCGAUCGCCAGUACGCUAUCGAUCGUAUGCGACAAUCGGGUGCUUUUAUAACCACAUGUGAAGCGGUUAUACUUGGUCUACUUCGUGACGAAACUAAUCCGAAAUUUUACGACAUUUAUACCGAACCUUACGAAACACUUGUUAGCGACUGUUCGGGAUUGUUGUCCAAUAAACCGGAAAAAUAA